AUGGACGUAGACGAGUUGCAAGCUGCAGAGAGAGAAGAUCGAAGAUCGAUCAUCAUCAUGAAGCGUUCUUGUCAAUCUUUUGACAAACCAAUGAAGAAUGAUGAUUUUGUUUGGCCGCUACUUGCAAACGAAAUGAAAAAGAAUGGAUCAAGAAUCUUCAUUUGUGAUUUGUGCGGCAAAUCUUUCAGCUCCGGCAAUGCCCUUGGUGGCCACAAAGCAUCCCACAACCGCUCCAACCUUCUUCAACCUCCAAUCAAGAAACACAAACUCACCAUCGAUUCUUGCUCUUUAUCUUCUCCUCAUGAUCAUGAUGAUGUCAAACACAAACAUGCAUGUGUUCUAUGUCACAAAGUUUUUCCAUCAAACAAAGUUUUGUAUGGGCACAUGCGAUCGCACUCUCAAAAAGAUUCAAAGGCUAUUCAACCGCCACCAAUAACAACAACAUCCCCUGAUUCCAAGAAACAGAGUAAUAAUACUCAUGAUCAACCAAUACUACCAACUAUUGAUCUAGAGAAAUAUUUUCCACCAAGAUCGCAUCAAACGAAGAAACGACGCAGUAAAAGUAUAAUUGAUUAUGAACUUAUUAAUGUUGCUCAAAUACUCUGCGAUAUGUCUCGCAGUGACCCUAAAAGGUUGAAACUUUCGACCAAUAUCGAUAAUCAAAAGAACAAGGAACAUGUGACAAUAGUCAAAAAUAAUAACAACGAAAAGAAAUUAGUGGUGAGAUUCAAGAUUCCUAAAGACAAGGAAGUUAAGAACAAUGAAGGUGAAACAAAAAAGGAAUCAAGUCAUCAAUUGGGGUCAAGAGGAGUUGUUAAAGAUUUUGAUUUGAAUGAGAUACCGGUUGAUGUUGCAGAUGAACAAGCAAACUAG